CUACCUGUCCAAGGUCACUAGUAAACCCGCAAAGAUGCCGGCUGUAACAUCUGGGGUGAAGGAGUUGUACCUGUCGACCUCGUUGGGAGAACUCAACAAGAAAUCCGAAAUUAAGCCAGAAAAAACGAGUACGCGGAGCUAUGUCCAGAGUGCCUGUAAAAUAUUUAAAGCGGCGGAGGAGUAUCGCCUGGACAGAGAUGAGGAAAAGGCCUAUGUGAUGUACAUGAAGUAUCUCACCGUCUACGAUCUCAUCAGAAAGAGGCCUGACUUCCGGCAGCAGAAGGAUUAUUACCUUUCGUUGCUUGGUCCAAAUAGCUUCAAAAAAGCCAUAGAGGAGGCAGAAAGGCUCUCUGAGAGCCUUAAACUAAGGUAUGAGGAGGCUGAGGUACGGAAAAAACUGGAGGAGAAGGAAAAACAAGAUGAUGCUAAGAAGAAAGAGGAAAGUUCAGAAAAGGAGAGAAGAAAGGGCACUUUGGACAAGGCGUCAGAUGCCAAGAAGGAUAAUAUCAGGGGGGAUCAGAAGGAUCUGAAGAAUGAAACUCCAAAAGGAAGUGCCCUCCAGGGUGGAAUCAGUGCCCAGCAGCUCUUCCAAAUGACGAAAGAUAACACCAUGAGUGUCAUCAUCAUGGAUGCCAGGAGCAGCAGGGAUUUUGAGGAGUCGCACAUCCAGCUGCCGACACAAACCUGCAUCAGUGUUCCGGAGGAGGCCGUGCUUCCAGGAAUCACAGUCGAUCAGAUCGCAGUCAAACUCCCAGAGAAGUCUAAGGAGCAGUGGAGCCACCGGGGCAUCGCGGACUACGUCGUCCUGCUGGACUGGUUCAGCUCAGUGACAGAUCUCCGGCUGGGCACCACCCUGCAGAGCCUGAAGGAUGCCCUUUACAAGUGGGACAGCAAGACCUUCCUCCGCAGUGAGCCGCUGGUGCUGGAGGGGGGAUACGAGAACUGGCUGCUCUUCUACCCAAUGUACACGUCCAACGCCAAAGUAAAACCACCAAGAGCAGAAACCCGGGGUGACGUCAUCCCAAGAUUGAACUUCAGCUACCCAUCCCUCGAGGAGCCCAAGCCGCCAACUCCACCCGAGCCAGAACCGGAACCGGCGCCCCCCGUGGAGAUAAAUGGGAAUUCGGCUGCGCAUGAAACAACGCAGAAGGUGAUGGAGGAUGUGCCGGAAACACCAAAGGUGGUAACUGCAUCCCUCCCAUCUGAUGUUCCUUCAAGCCAGGCGGCGGAGAGUCAUCCAGCAGGUCCCACCAAGGUCAUUCCAAAGUUUGACCGCACCAAAAAGCCUUUGGUCAAGGUGUCCGACGGUACCAGGCCAAACGACGAGCUUCCUGCAUCCCAGAGGCCGACUGUCGAUGGCCCCAUCAUCCCUGACCGUUCAGUGAAGCCCACCUUUGAUCCCAGGGGCUCCUUGAGCGAGGAGGAGCGAAGCCGCAUUCACGCUGAAACCUUUCUCCUAAUGGAGAAGGCCAAGCAGGAGCAGGAGCAGCGGAGGCGGGAGCGGCAGGCGAGGGAGGAGCAAGAGAAGGAGGAGGAAGAGGAGGAGAGGCAGAGGCAGCAACGGGCCAAGGAAGAAAAGGAGCGGCAGGAGCAAGCGGCCAGGGAGGAACGGCAGCGAGAGGAGGAGGAGGAGAGGGAGAAAGAGAGGCAGCAGGCAGAGAAGGAGGUGGAGAAGGAGGAGCAAAGUGGCAAGGACAGGGAGGAAGAAGAGCAGCCUGGGCAAAAGGACCAAAGCAGCGGGAUGCCAGACCGAGACCCAGGAGGCACAGCAGCCUCCAGCGGCACUGCUCCUGGACCCAAGCAGGACCCAGUGCCCAGGACAAGAAAUGCAGAGAUGGGAAGGGCUGUCCCCGGACUGCCAGCAGGCUGGAUGAGGUUUCUGGACACUGUUACUGGCACAUACCGGUACUACCACUCCCCCACCAACACAGUGCACCUGUACCCACCUGAGGUGGGUGUGGAACAUACACCCCCAGCCACGCCUCCAGCCACACCCCCGACGCCCAAGCAGAAGCAGGUGGCACAGGAGCCUGAGCGGGAGUGGUCCAAGCUGAAGCGUUCCUACUCCUCCCCGGACCUGGUACAGGACGUACAGAAGGAGGGUCAGAAGAAGCCUGCAGCCACGCCCACUGUCAACCGUGAUACGAAGCCACUCAGCAUCACAGCCUACGCCAAAGCCGAGAUCUCGCGGCCAUCAGCAGCCAAGAUUAUGAAUCUCAACCCUGUGUUUGGCGGGCUUGGGCCAUCUCUAACAGGCCUGCGCAACUUGGGCAACACCUGCUACAUGAACUCUGUCCUGCAGUGCCUGUGCAACACAACAACCAUGGCCAACUACUUCAACAAGGACUACUACCAUGAAGACAUCAACAGAGCCAACAUCCUGGGGCACAAGGGCGAGGUGGUGGAGGAGUUUGGCGUCAUCAUGAAGGCCCUCUGGUCCGGCCAGUACAAGUUCAUUAGCCCCCGCGACUUCAAGGUCACUAUCGGCAAGAUCAACGAUCAAUUUGCCGGCUACGACCAGCAGGACUCCCAGGAGCUGCUGCUUUUCCUUAUGGAUGGCUUGCAUGAGGACCUCAAUAAAGUGAGAGCUGACAAACGCAAGAGGUGCAAAGAGGAAGCCAAUGAUCACCUGGAUGAUCACAGGGCAGCAGAACUGGCCUGGAACAAACACAAGCAGCUCAACGAGUCCAUCAUUGUGGCACUAUUCCAGGGCCAGUUCAAGUCCACUGUACAGUGCCUGGUGUGCCAGCAGAAGUCGCGUACCUUUGAGACAUUCAUGUACCUGUCGCUGCCCUUGGCCUCCUCCAGCAGAUGCUCACUGCAGGACUGCUUGAAGUUGUUCUCUAAGGAAGAGAAACUGACAGACAACAACAAGGUGUUCUGCAGUCACUGCAAGACACACCGAGAUGCCACAAAAAAGCUGGAGAUCUGGAAAGUCCCGCCCAUCCUUCUGGUGCAUCUGAAACGCUUCUCCUACGAUGGAAGAUGGAAACAGAAGCUGCAGACAUACGUUGACUUCCCCCUAGAAAAUCUGGACCUGAUGCAGUAUGUUAUCGGGCCAAAGCAAGGCCUGAAAAAGUACAACCUCUAUGCCAUGUCUAACCACUACGGGGGCCUGGAUGGUGGCCACUACACGGCCUUCUGCAGGAACACGACCAGGCAGCGCUGGUUCAAGUUUGAUGACCAUGAAGUGACUGAGCUCUCAACAUCCUCUGUCAAGUCUUCUGCUGCCUACAUCUUCUUCUACACAUCAUUGUAGAAGGGGCCGGACAGAGCGAACAUUAGCGGACCUCUACGCAAGGUGAAGGGGCAGAGGUGGAAAGGUCCAUCAAGUUGCAUAGCACCUCCACGCACGGUAGAAGCUUUGAUGGUCACCGGGUGAUGUUCUUCUCACUGAUAGUGCGCAUGACUUGUGCUGUCAGCAUGACUGAUCUGCAUAGUUUGCCUUCACUAACUAACAUCACUCAGAAUAUCAAAGACCCUGGUUCUUUUUAUUGCUGGGAUCCCUUAAUUUUCUUGUUUUCAGUUCUGAUGGCCUUUCUCUUAUCUGACCUUAUGGUUCCCUGUGCUGUGAAUACAUUGGAUCAGAUAACAAUAAAGAGUUGUAUGUAUUGCACAUACCUACUGCAGAUGUUGCACAUUAAACCUGGAUAAGCAUUACAAAGUGCUGAUUGUUUUAUGGAGAGUGAGAGUUUUGUUUAAUCUAUUGAGGAGGGAACUCUGGGGACCAUGUUUUUGCAGUAUGACAACAAUUUUUUGUCUUAAUUUGGAGUGUUUGCUUUUCCCUUGCGAAGAAGGGGCUCAGCUAGUGUCUGACAAGUUUUUUUGUUUCUCGUGUUAUUAAAGAUGCUGUUCUUUACCAUAGGGAAAUGGAGUUACUAAUUAAACCAAAAGCAGAAAUACUCAGUUUUCGUAUCUUUCAGUCUUUAAGAAGAAUAUGAAAGAUUGUUUUGUGACACUUUACUCGAAGGGGUACAAGUAACUUAGUAACUCAGUUGCUAGUUAAGUACAAAUCAUGAACACAUAUUUUUACCUGCAUGUUAAUGAUAAACAUGGGAACAGUAGGUAACUAACACUUAAUUUCUGGUUCAUUAAUACAUUAAGUAAGAGUGUACUACAACAUUGUGCCCCCUCACUUAAAGUGUUUUCUUAAAUGUCACUUUAAAUUUUCUUAAAUCUUUUUCUUUUUUGAAAGAUUUUAUGUACAUGUUUCCCAGUAAGGCUGAUGUGAGAGCAGGGUGAAUAUUUACGAUGGGUUCCCUCCUUACAAAACAUUGCAAUUUAAUCUUAAAAAUUCCUCAGAAAUUAAAAGCAUUUUUGGUUUUGAAUACGGUUUUGGGUUUUAAAAUGUUUAUGCACCAUUAGAGCAAGUAAAAUCCACAAAUAUGAGGAGACUAAAGGAACAUAGAAUUGUAUUUUUUUUUUCUUCAUUUUUUAACUAUCUUCUCAGUGUGAAAACAGUUAUGUUCUGUUUAUCUAUUAUGUAUGUAAUCUGUUUCUUUAAAUGCUGUGAAGAUACUUUCAAUUUUUAAUAUAUACACUAAUAUUAGACUGGGGAAAAUGAA